CUUGGGUUUCCGCAGUUAAAGGAGAGAAGAAGCAGCAGCAGCCGCCGCCAUGGUUCUCAAGACCGAACUUUGCCGUUUUAGUGGAGCCAAGAUUUACCCGGGAAAAGGCAUCAGAUUUAUCCGUUCUGAUUCUCAGGUGUUCCUUUUUGCCAAUUCCAAAUGCAAGAGGUACUUCCACAACCGCUUGAAGCCAUCCAAGCUUACAUGGACCGCCAUGUACAGGAAGCAACACAAGAAGGAUAUUGCCCAAGAAGCUGUGAAGAAGAGGAGAAGGGCCACCAAGAAGCCCUACUCUAGAUCCAUUGUGGGUGCCACCUUGGAAGUUAUCCAGAAGAGAAGAACUGAGAAGUCAGAAGUUCGUGAUGCAGCCAGAGAAGCCGCCCUACGUGAAAUUAAGGAAAGGAUCAAGAAAACCAAGGAUGAGAAGAAGGCCAAGAAAGCUGAGGUGGUGGCAAAGCAACAGAAGGCAGGAGGGAAGGGUAAUGUUCAAAGGGGUGCCGCUCCUAAGGGCCCCAAGCUUGGUGGUGGUGGUGGAAAGCGCUGAGUUGCUAGUUUCUUGUUAGCUUUUUGCUAGUUGGAGUAAUAGUUAGUAUCUUAUUUUUCCAAGGCUAUUCGAGGACUGGUUGGCACCAUAUAUUGGGCAAAAUGUUUGUUUUUUUUUUUUUUGGAGUUUCUGCAUUUAUUCUUAUACCAUGAGCCUUGUAUUCAAGGGUGAUCUCUAGUUACGUUUUUAUGGGUGUUGAACUUUGCUUCUCACAGGCUUGAAU